AAGUAGAAAAAAAAAGAAAAAAAAGAGAGAGUACGUAAUAAAAUUAAAAGAUAAAAAAGGAGAAAGGCGAUGAAAUUCUUUGAAACUGAAUAAAUAUAGGAAGACAGUGAUAACCUGAAAAAGCUCAAGAAGGAAGUUUCCUGGAAAAUACCUGCUUCCUCUCAUGGAUUUUCCCUUCAUAACCACCCACAUCUUCCCUUCUCUUUCUCAUCAUCUUCUUCUUCAUUCUUCUCUUUCUCUCUCCUUUCCCCAAUUCUUCAUUCUACAACAACCACCAUGAAACAACUUCUCAAAUCAAUUAAUCCAAAAAAAAUCAUUUCAUUCAAAAAACCCAAAUCAUCCUUUUCCUUAACUAAAUCCGAACCGUGUUCAUUCGCAUCCUCUUACUCUAACUCCUCAUCUUCCUCCGACUCAUCUACACAACACAAGUCGGGUCAUACUCCGGCUCGAACGCGGUCCGAAGAACUCACUGUGAAAUCCGAUCCAUGGAUGGAAGAAACUUUCAAAAUGAUGGACUUAGACGGUGAUGGUAAAAUCACGCGAGUUGAACUUCACUCGCUUUUCAAGCGCGUAAGAGUUAACGCGCAAUCAAUGACGGAAGAUGAAAUUGCAGAUAUGAUUAAAGCCAUCGAUAUCGACGGUGAUGGUUGUAUCAGUCUCCAAGAACUUGAAGCCGCUGGAUCUGUUCUUGAUCCAACGGCUGCAGAUGAAGAUGAUCUUAAAGGUGCGUUUGAUUUUUUCGAUGCUAAUCAUGAUGGUAAGAUUUCAGCGGAAGAACUUCACGCAGGGUUUAUAGCAUUAGGUGAUGAACGGUGCACGUUAGAAGAUUGCCGGCGUAUGAUAGAAGGUGUGGAUAAAAAUCAAAAUGGAUAUGUUUGUUUUGAAGAUUUUAGUCGUAUGAUGAGUUUAUCAAGAAGAUAAAAUUACUUUUUAAUUUUAAUUUUAAUUUUAUUUUUUCUGGUAUGAACUUGGGUAGUUGAUUUGAAUUCGGGUUCAAAUGUUCGACUUGGCUAGCCUAUGAUCUAGAUUAAAUCGAGUAUUGAGGAUCCGAGACGGGUAUUUGACAGAAUUUGAUAGUGAAAAUUGAGAAGUAUGAUCAUACUAGAAUCUACAUGGUUUAUGUACCGUACAUAUUUUGUCCUACGAGGAGGAAUGAAAUGAAAUGAAAAUUUCAGCUUAA